UGGGGGGCGGGCGCAGAGGACGGCGGAGCGGGCCGAACUCGGACAGCUCCGUCGCUCGCUCGCUCUGCUCAUCCGCGCAUCCCCACUUCCCUCCUCCUCUCGCAGAGCGCAGCAUCCUCUGCAGACCCUUGGUCCUCACGCCCCGGGUCGUCCCGCUCCCGCGGCUCGUGGUAAUUGCCUCCCUCUCUCCCGCCACCCGGACAACUUUCUCUUCUGGUGCCUGGGGUUAGGGGGCUGCUUUGCCUUGGGAGGGUUUCUCCUGAGGGUCACUGGAGAGCAGCCACUGGAAAAAGGCUUGAGAGUCCCAAAGAGACGCCCGCCACCCACAGCCUGCCCCCGGCGGGCCUGCCGUCGGGUCUCCGCACCCUCUCUUCCUUUAUACCCCAACCAUGACCGAAAUGAGUGAGAAGGAGAAUGAGCCGGAUGACGCGGCCACCCAUGCCCCCCCAGGGACCGUCUCCACCCUCCAAGAAACCAAGCUCCAGCGGUUUAAACGCACCCUCUCCCUCAAAACCAUCCUUCGAAGUAAGAGCGUGGAGAACUUCUUCCUCCGCUCAGGCUCUGAGCUGAAGUGCCCAACAGAGGUGCUGCUGACUCCGCCCACCCCACUGCCUCCUCCUUCUCCACCACCUGCAUCCACAGAUGGGGGUCUCCCCACCCCGGCACCCUCGCCGUGCCCAGUCCCACGCCCCUUGGCACCACUCAAACCAGUACGGCUGCACAGCUUCCAGGAACACGUCUUCAAGAGAGCCAGCCCUUGCGAGCUGUGCCACCAGCUCAUCGUAGGAAACUCCAAGCAGGGCUUGCGAUGUAAAACAUGCAAAGUCAGCGUCCACCUCUGGUGCUCCGAGGAGAUCUCCCACCAGCAAUGCCCGGGCAAGACAUCCACCUCUUUUCGACGCAACUUCAGCUCCCCACUCCUGGUGCAUGAGCCACCACCAGCCUGUGCCAUGAGCAAAGAGUCCCCACCUGCUGCAGGGACCAUCGGGAAGGUGGACCCAGUUUAUGAGACCCUGCGCUAUGGCACCUCCCUGGCACUGAUGAACCGCUCCAGCUUCAGCAGCACGUCUGAGUCCCCCACACGGAGCCUGAGUGAACGGGAUGAGCUAACAGAAGACGGGGAAAGCAGCAUCCGCAGCUCAGAAGAGGGGCCCGGUGACAGCGUAUUCACAGCCCCAGCAGAGAGUGAAGGAUCAGGACCAGAGGAGAAGAGCCCUGGACAGCAGGCCCCAAAGCUGUCUCUGCGGAAGGAUGUGGGGCCCAUGUACUCCUACGUUGCACUCUACAAGUUCCUGCCCCAGGAGAACAAUGACCUGGCUCUCCAGCCCGGAGAUCGAAUCAUGCUGGUGGACGACUCUAAUGAAGACUGGUGGAAGGGCAAGAUUGGCGACCGGGUUGGCUUCUUCCCAGCCAAUUUUGUGCAGCGGGUGAGGCCAGGGGAGAGCGUUUGGCGCUGCUGUCGGCCCUUCUCUGGGAACAAGGAACAGGGUUACAUGAGCCUCAAGGAGAACCAGAUCUGUGUAGGCGUGGGCAGAAGCAAGGAUGCUGACGGCUUCAUCCGAGUCAGCAGUGGCAAGAAGCGAGGCUUGGUGCCAGCCGACUCCCUGGCAGAGAUCUGACAGAAAUCAAGACAACCCUGACGCUACCCCUGCCCAUGCCUGGCCCUUGCUUCUGGCCUGAGAAGGAAGCCGGCAUCCUGGCCACACCCUUCCUCUCCCCGUCUCUCUCCUAAGCAUCACCCACCCCCACUUAGGAGCCUUCUGCACUGAGGAAGGUUUUAUUUCUUGGGUGGGGUAUCCUGAAUGGGGUGAUCUUCUGGGACUUGGGGAAGGGAGUCCAAAGUGGGAAGAAAUGAGGAAGCUACAGAUAGGCCCACCCAGUGCCCAGGUACCACCUAGUCGGGUUGCCACAAUGAGUCCCACCCUAGGGAAUCUCCUGCUGCCCUCAGAGACUUUACCUGCUCAAACUGCCUCUGCAUGCCUGACCCCUCUUUGCCCACGGCCUUUGCUUGGGUCUGUGUAUCCACCCCUUUGCAACUGGGGCCUUGUGAGAGGGCCUUUCGGUGUUCCUCAGCCCUCCACUCUGGAUUGAGAGGGGACUGGGGACUGUGAUAGAACCCUGAAUUCACCACCGUCACUCCUUCAAUUCUCAGGAAAGUUCAGGAAUCUUUUCCAUUACUUGAAACCCACACGGACAGAGCAGGGGCAGGACUGAGGUCUGGAGGGGAUGUGACAUGUGAGAGAGUGUUCCGCUAAGGACCGUCCCCACACAGCAGCCUCAUCUUACCUUUGUCUACUAGAAAUUGGUGUCCAAGAGCAGCCUGGACACAGACCCAGCUGAGAACAAGACACUGGCCCCUGUUUGGUCAAAACAUUUCACUGUUAAGACUCUAGAAAUCCCUGUCACCAGAAGCAGCCAGCCAGGGUAGUCUGUGCUUGUGAGUUCUGGUCUCUCUAAAAGCUCUGCCCUCAGAUGGACCAAACUUACCCUUCUCAGCAGGCUCUACAGGGCCCAUCCCUGGGAGGAAUACCUUGAGAGAUAGAGGAUGGCUAUGGAAUGUUUGUUUUGGCCGUCAGGAAGUGAUGGUCUAGGAAACCCUGGCCCUCGUGGGCAGGACAAAGGACCUCUCCCUCAAAGGCUGCUUUUUUUCCUGGUGCCAGCCCCCUCCCUCCAAGCUCAGAGCCUCCUUUUUGCACCCUGAUCAUGUCAGCCAAUGCCACCACCCCCCCCCCCACCCAGUUCUGGGCACAGUCAUGCCCUCCAUACAGUGAGAGGACACAGAUUCUCCAGCCCAACACACCUUGCCCCACUUUUCCCCCUAAGAGGGGAUUAAAGCCACACUGCCCUGUUUGCUGCCAUGAGGCCCCCCACCAGCAAAAUCCCCGGGGAGGGGCCCAAUGCCCACUGUACAUGAGGCUGCAUGACGGGUCUGCGGGGGAGUUGCUGAGCCCCCAGGCCCAUAAUUAAAUGUUUCUUGUCUCA